AUGACAGAGGACAUGCUGGACGCACGGGAGCAGGAAGAAGCCAUUGCCCAGUUCCCAUACGUCGAGUUCACGGGGCGGGACAGCAUCACCUGCCUCACGUGCCAAGGGACAGGCUACAUUCCAACAGAGCAAGUAAAUGAGCUGGUGGCUUUGAUCCCACACAGUGAUCAGAGACUCCGCCCCCGGAGAACUAAGCAGUAUGUCCUCCUGUCUGUCCUGCUCUGUCUCCUGGCAUUUGGUUUGGUGGCUUUCUUCCUGUUCCCACAUUCAGUCCUUGUGGAUGAUGAUGGCAUCAGGGUGAUGAAUGUCACGUCUAAUAAGGAGGACUCCCUGGUAAUCCUCGCCAUCAAGGCCACCCUGAAAAUCAGGAACUCCAACUUCUACUCUGUGGCAGUGACCAGCCUGUCCAGCCAAGUUCAGUACAUGAACACAGUGGUUGGGUCAUAUAUGACGACGAACAUCUCUCUCAUUCCAUCUCGGAGUGAGCAACUGGUGGACUUCAUGGUGCAGGCGGAGAUGGGAGGACCAUUUUCCUAUGUGUACUUCUUCUGCACGUUACACGAUAUCCCAGUGCACAACAUAGUGAUCUUCAUGAGAACUUCCGUGAAGAUUUCGUACAUUGGCCACAUGACCCAGAGCUCCUUGGAGACACAUCACUAUGUGGAUUGUGGAACAAACUUCUCAGCUGUUUAG